UGUUGAUUUUCCAGCAAGCGAUUAGCGAUCACGUGGCUGUACAUUGAAGUGACAGAAACGGUCGUUGGCUAGUGGUAAUUCAAUCACUACUUUCAAAAGUAGCCCGCGUAUUGUUAAUGCUUCACACGGCAGUAUGCUGUACUUGCGCGGUGUAAUUAAAGAUUUAAUACUUCAAAAUAUUUAGACUUAGUAAUUUGUGAGUGGAUUACGAAACAGUGACUGCUUUUUUACGGAAAUAUAAUGAUUUCUUUCAGUAAUAUCAAGCGGUUUUUACAGUUUCAAGGAGAUACCUUAAGUGUAAAUGUAUUUAUGGUGUGCCUGAGUGUUUAGUGGCGUUCACGGUGUUUUCAUAUGAAGAAAUUUGUGGCUAGAAAAUCUGCUUCAAAAGGAUUACCGAAACUGAUGAUGACUGCAUUAUUUAAAGACACCUUUGGGGGUCAGCAUGGAUUCGAGGAGUUGCGCCGGUACAUCAAGCAAGGAGGGGACUUCUGCAAGGAUCUCAGCGCCAUCUUGCAGGAGAGGUCCGAGGCGGAGACCCAGUAUGCCAAGAGCCUCAGCAAGCUGUCCGGCAAGCUGCUGAAGGCGUCCAAGGACUCCGUGGGGACGGUGAACCAGGCGUGGCAGAGGGCCGGCACCCAGAUGGAGGCGCAGAGCGAGAUACACAGGGCCUUCGCGGCGGCGCUGAGCGAGGAGGUGGUGAAGCCGCUGCGCCAGCUGGCGGAGUCGCAGCACCGCAUCCGCAAGUCGGUGGAGGCGGCCGUGGACAAGGCGGGCAAGGGGCUGGCGGAGUGGCGCGCCGCCGAGACCAAGAGCAAGAAGCAGAGCUUCGCGAGCGCGCGCGAGAACGAGAAGCUGCAGGACGGGCUGCUGGACGCGCGGCUGGGGCAGCUGCACCAGCUGCACCAGCUGCAGCUGCAGCGGGCCGGCUCCGACAAGGACGCCGCCAAGUUGGAGUCGAAGCGCCGGAAGGCAGAGGAGGCGGUGAAGAAGGCAGAUGUGGAGUACUACACGUUCUGCAUCCGAGCGGAAAGAGCGAGGCUGGAGUGGGAGACUGCGGUGAUCCGCGGCAGCCACUGCUUCCAGGCGCUGGAGGAGGAGCGCUUGCAGCACCUCAAGCAGCUGGCGACCGGCUACCUGCGGCACCUCAGCGAGCUGGGCCCCAAGCUCAUGCAGAGCCUGGAGCACCUGGGGGAACCAGUGACGCAGUGCGACGUGGGACGGGACAUACAGACGGUGGUGUCCAUCAAGGGCACCGGCCAGCCAAUCCCGGAGCAGCUUCUGCCCGACUUCUACGCGGAGCACAUCACCCUCGCCAUGAACCGAGACAGGCGCCGACAGUCGCUGGUGAAGAUCCUGCAGCUCAUCAGGCAGGACCUGGACAGGGAGAGGCGGGGCAAGCAGGGGGUGGAGAACCUGGCGCGAGCCCUGCAGCAGACGCCCACCUUCGGCACGGACGACUCCCAGCAGAACGUCACCGAGAAGCUGCACCACAUGCGCUCCAUGCUGACGUACCUGGAGGCGGCGCGCUACAAGGUGCAGAGCGCGCUGGCGGAACUGGACGGGCGAGCGCGGGGCAGCCACCCCCUGGCCUCGCACAUACAGGUCACCCGCGACAGGCAGGGACUGCAGCAGAGCGUGCUCAAGGUUCCUCCGUGGGUGUGCAAGGAGUCGCUGGAACUGCUGGCUGGCGACUCUCCUGAUUGGACGGAUCGAGGGGCUGCUGACGGCAACUCUGUCCAGCCGGACAGCGACUUCGAUGAGUUCUCGAGCCAGGGCAGCGAGAAGGACUAUCAACACAGCGUCAUGACGUUCCCGGUGAUCUCCGAGUGCGGGGAGACCAAUGGCAACGUCACCAGCGUCGGCCGCUGCAAGGUGCUGUACGAGUACUCGGCAAACUUGUACGACGAGCUCAACCUGUCUCCAGGGGAUGUUAUCAACAUCCACGACAAGCAGACGGACGGCUGGUGGCUGGGCGAGUUGAACGGUGUGGUGGGCAUAUUCCCAGCCACGUACGUGGAGGAGAUCAAGUGAUGUGACCCCUCCCGUACCACAGCAGAGCCGUGCACAUUCCAGCAAUGACUCGCAUACAGACUGCCUUCGCACCGACUGUUCCCUAUGGUUUCAACACACAGUGGACAUGUUCAUUGUGGUUUAGUGGAAAUUUUGUGACUUUAACUGGACAUUGCGAGAAUGGCCAUAAUAGGUUAUGUCACAUCAAACUGUACUGUAUGUAAAAAUUUAAAUAUGUACAAAAAUCAUGCAAAAAAUGAUAUACCUCUGGCUAUUAUAAAUUAUGGACUGUGCUACACUCGAUGGUUACACAAUUUGUCAAAUAUGUCUCGUAUGAAUUAAUGCAUAAUUCAUAUUGGUUUAUUACAACAAAAUAAAUGGUAUAACACAAUUAUUGUAAAAAUUUAUUAAAAUGUUACAUAAAAAUAGUUAUAGUCUUUUUUAAAGUAAAUAAUUCAAAUAUAAAUUAUUUGUUUGGAAUACAUAUGCCUAGUGAGAAACAGCUUUUAAAACAAACUGAAUUUUACACAAGGCUGCUGUCACACUAUAUGUUUCUGGCGCUGCUGCCAACACUUCUGCAGAGUUUUUAUGGCUGAUUAGUCCUUCGAUAGCUUUUCUUAGAGUGCACUGAAUAAGCAUGUCAAUAUCAAACAUGUAAACAACUGAUCCAGGAGAAAUCACUGUGUAGAAACUGGCAAUUGCUUCGAUUCAACAGUAUAGUGUGACAUCGGCCCAAAUAUGUUACUGACAAAGUAAGAGAGACACUAAAUAAUUUGUGAAAAUGUUUACAGCCAGUUUUACCUGCUAUCAUCUAGUUAUAAAAGUUUGAUACAUGCGUGCAAUAUUUUAUGAAUGCGUAAUGGAAGAUAUUAUACUUGGAGUGCAGUGUGUUUUGGAAGUGAUUGUUUUUUUUAAUCGCUGUAUACCAAAUGUUGAAAAUAAAUUUUUUAUAAUAGCA